GCCGCUCCAGCUGUUCGCACGCACCGCUGUCCGCCUCUGUUGCCGCUGCUGCCGCCGCCGCUGCCGCCUGCCCUCAUUUCCAAUGCAGCAGCGACCAUGACAGGCAUCGCCGCUGCUUCUUUCUUCUCCAAUGCUUGCAGAUUUGGCGGCUGCGGACUUCACUUCGACUCUCUGGCCGAGCUCAUCGUGCACAUCGAGGACAGUCACAUCGAUACAGACCCUCGCCUUCUGGAGAAGCAGGAGCAGCAGCAGCCGACAUAUGUUGCCCUUAGCUACAUCAACAGGUUCAUGACAGAUGCUGCGCGGCGAGAACACGAUGCCCUGAAGAAGAAGGUGCAGCCCAAGUUGUCUCUUUCUCUGACAGGCAGUCUGUCCCGCAGCAGUGUCUCCACGCCACCGCGCCACACCAGUGGAAACCUCACGCCUCCCGUCACCCCUCCCAUCACGCCUUCCUCCUCCUUCCGCAGCAGCACACCCACAGGUAGCGAGUGUGACGAAGAGGAGGUGGACUUUCAGGAGUCUGACAGUGAUGAAUCGUGGACCACAGAGAGCGCCAUCAGCUCUGAGUCCAUCCUCAGUUCCAUGUGCAUGAACGGAGGAGACGAGAAGCCUUUUGCGUGCCCCGUCCCAGGCUGUAAAAAGAGAUACAAGAAUGUGAACGGGAUCAAGUAUCAUGCCAAGAACGGCCACCGGACCCAGAUAAGGGUGCGCAAACCCUUCAAGUGCCGGUGUGGGAAGAGCUACAAAACGUCUCAGGGUCUCCGCCACCACACCAUUAACUUCCACCCGCCCAUCUCUGCUGACAUCAUCCGUAAGAUGCAGCAGUAGAGUCAGAGUGAGUGACCGACCAGCGCUGUCCUUCAGGCCACUUCCCCACCACCCAAACACCGUCAUCACCAGCAAUGGCUGUUCCUGAUUUCACAUCAUUCCUCUCAUCCCCCUUCUCUUUUAAUCUCACUUUGCUGACACUAUUUUUGAUAUAUUUUGCAUGGUAUAAAUGUAUUACUAUUCAUCUUUACUUUUUUUUUUUUAUAAAUAUAUAUGUUUAUUUAGUUCACAGUUUUGUAUUUUGCACAUUUACGUUUUCAUUUAUCCAUCUGAGCUUUUUUUUAUAUGUGGUGCUGAUUCAAGAUGAGGACGAUGGAGUUGCCACACUAAAGUCUCAAGUAUCCUUGCAUGUAUUACGAGGCAUCUUGCUUUAAAGGCAGUGUGAAGGUGGAAGAAACGUGUGUUUCAUACAGUAUGAGCCAAACAAACAUUGGAAUGUGUGUGUGUGUGUGAUAAAUGUUAAACUCUUGGUAUGUUUUAUUCUAGAUCAUAUUUGCUGUUGUUGGACUCAGUUUCUCUCCUGUCACAUAAGUAUUACAAACCUUUUUGUCAUUUCUGGUUUACUGCUAAAACUUGUGUGAGCACCAAAGGAUGAUCUCAGGUGACAUUUGGAAGCAUUUCAGCACCUCGGUCCUGCCCAAGUGUUCUCAUAGUAUUUUUGCCAUUUAAUGGGAACUCCGUCAUUGUUCCGAGUCACUUUCUUAAAAAAAGAAAUAAACAUAAGCAGUCGUCCUCACUUUUUUUACAGUGAGGGAUUGAAGCACUUUUUCUAACAAGUUGCCAACAAAUUAACAUUUACUGCCAGAUCUCUUCAGUUCUGGUGUUUGUACAGCAGCUACAGGCAAAAUGCCUCCAGAGCAUCAACAAUGAGCCUUUAGAUAACAUCUUCACUGCAUGGAUGUUAGUGUUGAGGAACUGUUGUGACAGUAUUGUACUGCCAAUAUGGAGGAGUUUCUUUGGUAUCGUGUAAAGUGAAUGUAUUGUCAUGUGUUAAGUGCAUUAAAUUAUAUUUUCAUAUGUUACAAACAAAAAAAACAACAACAAUCAUUAUGUGCAUAAAAAGGGAAACGUUGUUUGGGGAAACUAAUAGUGAUGUACUGUAUUUCCUCAGAAAGCUGCUUCAUGUAAACUUUUGUUACAUUUAGAAUAAAAGUUCUUCUAUUGUGUGCCUAAA